UAGCUGCCAUCUUGCGUCCCCGCGUGUGUGCGCCUAACCUCAGCUGGUCUGCCCGAGACCACCUGAGCGCCAACCCUAGUCCCCCGCGCGGCCCCAUUUCUGCUCCAACAAGAUGAAAGAAACUAUCAUGAACCAGGAGAAACUCGCCAAACUGCAGGCACAAGUGCGCAUUGGUGGGAAAGGAACUGCUCGCAGAAAGAAGGUGGUUCAUAGAACAGCCACAGCAGAUGACAAAAAACUUCAGUUCUCUUUAAAGAAGUUAGGGGUAAACAAUAUCUCUGGUAUUGAAGAGGUGAAUAUGUUCACAAAUCAAGGAACAGUGAUCCACUUUAACAACCCUAAAGUUCAGGCAUCUCUGGGAGCAGACACUUUCACCAUUACGGGCCACGCUGAGACAAAGCAACUGACAGAAAUGCUCCCCAGCAUCUUAAACCAGCUUGGUGCCGACAGUCUGACCAGUUUAAGGAGACUGGCUGAAGCUCUGCCCAAACAAUCUGUGGAUGGAAAAGCACCACUUGCCACUGGAGAGGAGGAGGAUGAUAAAGUUCCAGAUCUUGUGGAGAAUUUUGAUGAGGCUUCCAAGAAUGAAGCAAACUGAAUUGAGUUAACUUUUGAAGAAGAUAAAUCUUGAAGAAGUUACUGGGAGCUGCUAUUUUAUAUUAUGACUGCUUUUUAAAAUUUUGUUUAUGGAUCUGAUAAAAUCUAGAUCUCUAAUAUUUUUAAGCCUAAGCCCCUGGACACUGCAGCUCUUUUCAGUUUUUGCUUAUAUACAAUUCAUUCUUUGCAGCUAAUGAAGCUGAAGAAGCCUAAGAAUAAAGUUUGAGACAAAGAUAAAUAAAAUUCUUUGCCUAGUA